CCGCGUAUUUCGUCUUCUACAAAAGCUUCUCUAAUCACUAGCACGCUCGCCUCCGCCGCUACCUUUACUUCCUUUCACAAACCUCAAAAGCCAAAGCUAAAUCAACAAGUGAUUUCGAUUAUCCCAUUCUCUCCGGUUCAAUCGAUUCUGAUGGUUUUGGACUUGCGUUUUCUCUAGAUUCGAUUCGAGUACUGAAACGGUGCCGUUUUGUGAAUUCUGAUUAGUCAGUUUAAUCAGAAUCUCACUCUGUUUUCACUAAACAGAUGCUUCCUUGUGCGAGCUCCGAAUCCGAGCCCUUGGACAAGGACUCUGAGCCUUUCGUGGAAACAGAUCCAACCGGCAGAUACGGUCGUUACGACGAGCUACUCGGCUCAGGCGCCGUCAAAAAAGUGUACAGAGCCUUUGACCAAGAGGAAGGCAUCGAAGUCGCGUGGAAUCAAGUCAAGCUGAGAUGUUUCUCCGACGACACAGCCAUGCUCGAGAGGCUCUACUCUGAGGUCAGGCUGCUUAAGAGCCUCAAGAACACUAACAUCAUCGCCUUGUAUAAGGUCUGGAGAGACGAGAGGAGCAACACUUUGAACUUCAUCACCGAGAUUUGUACCUCUGGGAACUUGAGAGAGUAUCGGAAGAAGCACAGACAUGUGUCUAUGAGAGCUUUGAAGAAGUGGUCCAAGCAGAUACUCAAAGGGUUGGUUUAUCUCCAUACGCAUGAUCCUUGCAUCAUCCAUAGAGAUCUCAACUGCAGUAACGUUUUCGUCAAUGGAAACAUCGGCCAGGUCAAGAUUGGUGAUCUUGGUUUAGCUGCAGUCGUGGGGAAGAACCAUUUAGCUCACUCGAUCCUCGGGACACCAGAGUUCAUGGCUCCUGAGCUAUACGAAGAGAAGUACACGGAGUUGAUUGACGUUUACUCUUACGGGAUGUGUGUUUUGGAGCUUGUGUCGCUGGAGAUUCCAUACAGCGAAUGCGAUAGCGUUGCCAAGAUAUACAGAAGGGUGAGCAGUGGAGUCAAACCAGAGGCUCUGAACAAAGUAAAGGAUCUAGAAGCUAAGGCCUUUAUUGAGAAGUGCAUUGCGCAAAAAAAGGUGAGACCUUCUGCAGCUGAGCUUCUUCGUGACCCGUUCUUUGAUGGGAUAGUAGAUGAUGAAGAAGAAGAAAACAAUGACAAUAGUGGAAGUGGUCGUAUUGUGUCUUGAUGAUGGGUGGAUGCAUAAGGUGACCAGUUUGUUUGUCUUGUGGUUUGAGUCUGUUUUUUUUUUAACAUUUCGGGAGGCAUUGUUUCGUUCUUUUUCUUUCGAUUCUUUUGUCUCUUUAGUUUGCACAUAAACUUUUGGUUCGAUAUUGGAAUUACACAGCCUUUUCUUUUUAGUUA